CGGCUCCUUUCGUUUCCUUCCGGUCUCCAGUCUCCUCGUGCCCUGCCUCCUGCCUCUCUCUCUCUCACGCCGCGCGGCCGUCCCUCUCCGGCUGCCUCUCUCUCUCUCUCUCUCGCCUACCGCGGCCGUCUGUCGACUCUCUCUCUCUCGCUUUCUCGUUGCAAGCGGCAAGCCGUCGUGUCUCUCACUCGUCUCCCGUCGUGUCCUGUGGCUAAACUUCACCGUUGUCUCCCUCGCUUUCUCGUUGCAAGCGGCAAGCUGUCGUAUCUCUCUCUCGUCUCCCGUCGUCUCCCGUAUUUUUCAGGAAAGGUUUUCAAAGAUUUGGUCUUGGGGUUUUGAAGCGUUGCAAAUAUGAAGAAAUUGGGAACUGUUCAAAAUGAAGAUGUUAAUGAGAAGGUUUAUACACAUGUAAGGAAUAAGGAGAAGGAGAAGGAACGAAAGAAGAAGAAGGCAAAAUUGGAAAUUAAUGACAACGAGAAGGAAUUUGAGAAGGCUAGGGAGAAGGAUAAGAGAAUUAAUGAUGGUGAGGAAGUUGGUGAACUUAGAGAGGUUUCGAAGGAAACCAACAUGAUAGGAGAAGAGAACAUGAACGUAAGAAUGAAUGACAACAAGGAUUCGGAGUUGGGAAUAAGAAGAGAGAAGAAAAAGAAGCAUCGAGUGGAAAAGAGGGUGGCUUCCUAUAUGAAUGAACUCCUUGAGAAUAAUAACAAUAUGGAAGAGCUAGUUAAGGGGCAGGCUUACUCUGAGAAAAGAGAGAAGGAUGAGAGGAAAGAUGGGAAAGAAGAGAAAAAGAAGGAGAAGAAGAAAAGGAAGAGGGACAUGGAGAGUUGUGAUGUUCUAGUGAACAACUGUGUGACUGGAGGAGAUGUUGGAAAAGAAAGGGAGCUCUCAGAUGGGAAAAACUUGGAAAAGGCCAAUCCUUUCAAAAAGAGAAGGAAAGAGAAUAAAAGCCACAAUGAUGAUCUGGGAAUUGGACUACUGGAGACCAUCACUGAAAAACCAAGUAAUGAAAGCAAGGGAGUUGAAGAUAAUGGAGUUAAUGCACGUUCAUCUAGGAACAAGAUGGGGGAGAGAAUUGUGCAUGCCAUUAGUGCAGUAGAUGGAGACAAGGAUGUGAAGCAGAAGAAGAACAAGAAGAAGAAGGAGGAGAAGAAGAAGAGGAAGGCCAAGUCAGAUAAACAGGUUUCAGAACAAAAUGAUGAUAAACGGGUUGCAAGAACCAAAAAAGGUGUUGAGAAUAUUUAUGAAAAUUCUACACCUGGGGGCACAUCUAAGAAAGUCAGAUUCUCUGAUCAUUUGGAGGAGGUUUUUACUUUAUCUGAUGGUCCAAGUGUUGCAAAGAAUGAUGACAAUGAUGGAUUAGUACGAGGUAAGAGGUUUUCACAAGAAGAAGAUGAGAUGGUUAAAAAGGCUGUUUUCGACUACAUAGCAGUACAUGGCUUAGGUGAUGAAGGCCUAAAUAUGGUUCUCCACUGUAAAUCUCACUCCGAAAUAAAAAAUUGUUGGAAGGAAAUAGGAACAGCCUUACCUUGGAGGCCUUCCGAGAGCGUAUAUCAUCGAGCCCAUGUUUUGUUCGAAAGGGGUGAGAAUCGUAAAUGGACCCCUGAAGAGUAUGAACUUAUCCGAAGUUACCAUGAAAAACAUGGAUCAAAGUGGAAAAAGUUGGCUGAUAAACUUGGCAAACAUAGGUUUCAUGUAAAGGAUACAUGGCGUAGAAUAAGAUUGCCAAAUAUGAAGAAAGGACGUUGGGAACAAGAGGAGUAUCAAACCUUAUUUGACUUAGUUAACAUGGAUCUGCGCAUGAAGGCCUUAGAAGAAAAGAAAAAAAAAAACUGGAAGCAAGGUAUGUUGCGAGAUGAUCUCUCUUGGGAAGCCAUUAGUAACAAGUUAGGAACCAGAAGCAGUGUUCUUUGCUGCCAGAAAUGGUAUAACCAAUUAACAUCACCUAUGGUGCGUGAAGGUGUAUGGGCCAACACUGAUGACUACCACCUAAUAGAUGCUCUUUAUAACUUGGAUGCUUGCUGCAUACAAGAUGUGGACUGGGAUAAUCUGCUUGAGGAUAGGUCUGGAGAUGUAUGUCGAGAGCGAUGGGACCAAAUGGUCAAACACAUUGGUGAGCAUGGCAGCAAGUCAUUUCCUGAACAAGUUGAAAUCCUCUCACAACGGUAUUGCACAGAUGUACUUGAAGCAAGAGAGAACUGUGACAGGAAGCCUGAAGUUUAGUGAGGGCAAUAUCCCUAUGAGGUAUGUGAGUGCUGUUUGAGCUACUGCUGCUGCUGCUGAAUCCCAUAUAUCAAAGUGGCAUCCUGGGUGUGAGAUUACUCUUUUUUCUUUUGCACUUCUUUUCUCUUUCGUAUCCGUCUUUUUUUUGUCCUUUUUGAGAUGACCAAAGAAAAUUACUAUUUAUCUUGUUUUGGAGAACUGCUACUCAGGACUAUGAGGGUUGUGAUUAUUAGAAGAAUGCUAGCUCUGCUAUCUUGUAAGUUGUAACUGCCAAGUAUUCUAUGAAAACCUUUUGGCAUUGUAUUAGAUUAAGAAAUUUGUGUUCGAAUC